AGAUGUGAGAACUAUAUAUAUUGGUGUUGGCUCUAUGUUUUGAGCUUUCGAAUAUCUCAUCAUACGAUUACACCUUAUAUCCAACUACAGUUUUAUUCGAUCACCACAACAACUGCUGCACAGAACAAUUCGGACUCAAACAUCAAUAUCACUAUCAUCCAAUCAAUCAUCUCAUACUACAUCUUUGUCCAAGUUCAAUCAAAAUGCUCUACACAACCAUUCUCCCUCUCACUCUCCUCACCGCCGUCCUCGCUUCCCCGGUACCCGUCCCUGCCUCUGUCUCCCCAACCUCCACCUGCUCCACCCUCACCACCAAACUCGAUUACUACCAAGGCUACCAAUCCCCAUCCCAAUGCGGCAUCAAUGUUUUCUCAGGCAACAUCACCGCUGGUGUUUGCGUCAAUAUCCUAACUCAAGGCAUCAUGCUUUUUCCGGCUGAUGCGGAUUGCACCUAUAGUAUCUGGAAAGGAGUCACCGAUUGUAGUGGUGUUGUUACUCAGAGUUUUGAUUUGGGAGUCGCGCAACAGGGUGUGCAGAGUGUGGGAACUUGUGUUGGAACAGGGGUUAUGGAUGGAGGGAGAUUUUAUCAUGCUAGUGGAUUUUUGAGUUGUGGAUGCAACUAGGCACCUCUAUCUGGAUAUGCAUAGGGUUUGGAAGACUGGGUCAACGGCAGAAGACAAGAUGUGCUUUUAUGAAUCAUGAACGAAGGACUGACUUCGGAUGCAUGAAAUGAUGGGAGUUGUUAAUGUUGGUUAUGAUUGAUGGGCGGAUUUUCGGUAUCUCCUUACGCUUGCCUGGGAUGGAUUGAUGGAGUUACAACUAUAGACAAAAGUGAAUGCUAGGAACUUCUUUGCUUGCUUUCAGCAUACACAAUUAUCCCAUGGACCAAAUUGCCGUUGUCAUUUAUCUUUGUAUGUAAAUCUUUUGGGGUCAAAUUAACUUGUGUUUACAUACCGUCGCGCAUCUUUUUCUCGUCAUUUUCAUGAGUUCUC